AACUGCUGUUUUAUUGGGCUUUUGGCACUCUCCAUUGUCAAAACACUUUCUCCAUUCUCCGUUCUCACUCUGCGUCGCGCAGCUUCCAAAAGAAUGGAAGAGAAGGAUGCCAAUGAAUUUAUAGCAAGCCCUCAGACGACGCAAGAACUAGCAAUGGAAGGCCAGAAGCAUCUCGAAGAAACCAUCGAGGCAGCUUUCCGGAUCCUCUCCUCCAUGAACGACGAGCUCUGCAACCCCACCUUGUGGUCCUCCACCGGCACCGCCUCCUCUAACGCUGCAAAUGGCCCUUCUUCCCACUCUAAUGGCGUCAAUAACGGCGAUUCGUCUUCUUCUGAAAACACUUCUUCCCAUUACCAUGGAGACUUGGUUGGCGCUGGUGGUCCUGGCACCGGUGGAGCUCUUGAGGAGGCUCGAUUUCGGUAUAAGAACUCUGUGGGCUUGCUUCGUGCCGUUCUCGCCGCAAUUCCCAAAUCUCGGAAGGCAACAUCCAAAACUAGUUCAACUGCAGUCGGUUCAGAAUCACCGGCAGAUGAAGCUGAACUUGAGAAGUUAGAUGAGCGAGCUUCCAAUUUGAGAAAGGAGCUUGCGAACAAGAAUGUGUAUAUCAAAUUUCUAAUAGAUCAACUACGGGAUCUUAUCACUGACAUAUCAACUUGGCAAAGUCCUUGUUCCGUCUGAUUUCAGGAAGAAUCUUCCUGCAGGUGAUGCUGCUUUUACAUUAACUUUGCAUAAUCAGUGAAACCUUAAUGUGUUUUAUUGUAUUCGUUUUCCAAUCAGUUUAGCGACGGGUUUUUUAUGUUUCACGAGGAAAAUAUUAGGUGAGAAAUAGAAUAGUGAAGAGGUUUCUAAAUCAUGAGAUAUCUGAUGUUAAAGAUGGAUUUGUCAAUUCUAAUUUCGGAUUUGGUUGCUCAAUUCUUCUUCCAUUGCCUUGAUUGUAUUCAAUGUCUGAUUUGAAAGAUAUAUGGAAGAUCAGUUUCCCAA